AUGCCGAAGAAGGCGCGCGUCAACGACGACGCGGCCGGCGCUUGGGGCUCCGUGACGGCCGCCGCCGCGAGCACUGGGAUGCUUGGGGCGGCUUUUGAGGCAAACUUCCAGAGCAUCGCACGACAGGGACAAGGGCUGGCUACACCCGUGCUCGAGUCGUUGUUGAAGUUUUCGGCUGAAGGAGGAGAUAUGCCUGAGUUUGGCCCCGGCGGCCUCGAUGUGGCCAUCGCGGCCUUGUACGAGCAUGACGAGCAAUUUAUAGGAGCAAUGAGAGGGAUCGUGACCCAUGAGAAAGAUAUCGUGAAAGCGGUCGAGUGGUGGACGAAAGCCGCGGAGAAGGGGAACGUUCUUGCCCAGGUCAGGCUCGCGAACUGGUACUGUGCGAAUCACGACUACCUCAAGUUCGAACACUUCGUGGCCUUGGCCGCACUCAACACACCCAUCGGGGACAAACAAUAUGAUGCCAAGAUAACCGACGCGUUGGAGAACCACACGAGCAACAUCACCACAAAGCGGGAGGGCUUGAAAGUAAUACGCGACAUGUACGGCCUCAACAUGGGCGACGACGUCGUUGAAGCUUUCGCCGCGCCGAUGACGUGCGCGCCGCCUCACGCGGCCGUGAACCUGACUCACCACAUCGCGAAGUGCUUCAUGAACGGCAUCUACGGCAUCAAAAAGAACCUUCAGAUCUCCAAAGACUACCUGAAACUCUCCGCGAAGCUAAAAGGCACCAAGAAGUACGUCGAAGCCGACCUCGAGAGGCUCCGCGGAUGCGCGAAAUGCGGAGGGACCGGCGCGUGGGCGUGCGCGCUCUGCAAAGUCACCCGGUACUGCUCGAAGGAGUGCCAAGAGUGGCACUGGUUCAACGGCGACGAGCCGCACCGCGAUCAUUGCCCGCGCGCGGAGACGCCAUCCAAGUACGCCGAAUUGAAGAAGAUUACUGCCUUCGAUUUGCAGAUUACUUCUUUCGCUUAG